AUGGAUCAUAUCGCGACAUCGCCGCCGCAGCUGCGCACCCUGCAGCCUGCAGCCUUGCACACCUUCCAGCACCCCCAGGAUGACCGCGGAGCCGCCCACGCCUUCGCCGCUGCCGCCGCUGCUUCGGGAACCUACGCCGUGAAUCCCGAUGACUCCGGCGUCCUCUUCCAGCAGCCUGCUUUCUUGACUGCCGUUCCCGAUCGGGCAAUUCGAUCGCAAAGGGACCAGCUGCCGCCUGCUUUAAGCGGCCUGCAGUCACAGCACAUCUCACCCCACCAGUCCAAUACUACACUCUUCCACUUUGGCUCACCGCAGCAGGACCCGCAUUUUGCGGCUCCUCGCGUCCAGAUUCAGCCGCCUCCAGAGGCCCAAGAUGCGGCGAAGUCCGAUGGCAAGAUCGAAGGGUUGAAGCUCGUGCUGGACCCCCCGAACUUGGACCAGUGGAGACAACGCCUCUUCGACGUUGACCAGACGAUUGUCAUGACUGAGGAUCAAUUCCAGACGUACUGGCCGCAUGUAGACAACAUCUACUCGCACCGCUCGACCCAGCGAUACAAGCGCAAGCCCUUCGUCUCGCACUACUGGGACUGCCGCUUGAAGGGUCGUCCUCCAGGCACUCCCAAGUCGGAUGACCCCAACAAGAAAAAGCGUAAGCGUGUUGCUCGUGAACGUGAUCUCUGCGAUGUUAAGAUAAAGAUUACCGAAUACGAGCCUGGCUCUGCAACGCCUGACAACGUGGGCCCGUUGACCGAGCAGCCUGUCCCAGAGUCUGCUCCUCUUGCACCAGCUUCGAACGUGCCUGGGCAGCUGCAAUGGCCAAUGUCCGCUUUGCAUUUGACACAGCCCGAUCCGUACAGCCGCAGAAUUUACACAAUCCAGCGUGUAAACGGCAAUGGAGCGAACGGCAAAGCUGAUGGCAACCCUGGCCCGCACAAGCAUGACUUGGAAGAAAGCGACAGGAUCAAAAAGAACAGCGUCAUCAGACACACGUUGAAGAACGAGAAGGAAAAGAAGAAGCAGCAGCCGCAACCCGAUGCAAAGAAGACUUACCACACGAAAGCGACCGGCAAUGCGCUAAACACAGCCAAGAAGCACGCAGCAGAGAAUGAGUUGAAGUUGUUCGGUAGCUGCUUCUGCCCCUUCGUCCAACGUGUGUGGAUAUCGUUGGUGUACAAAGAUAUCCCGUACCAGUACAUUGAGGUGGACCCCUACAAGAAGCCUCAAUCGCUGCUUGAAGUCAACCCUCGUGGCCUUGUCCCUGCCCUAAGACAUGGCGACUGGGGCUGCUACGAGAGCACUGUCUUGAUGGAAUAUCUUGAGGACCUUGGCGUUGGCCGGCCCUUGAUGCCUUCUGACCCCAAGCUGCGUGCAAAUAGCAGGUUGUGGAGUGACCAUAUCAACCGACACUUCAUCCCCGGCUUCUACCGCUUUCUACAAGAGCAGGAUGCAGAAAAACAAGUCAGGUACGCCGAGGACCUCAAGUCGGAGAUCACCAAGCUCGUGGAUGCUGCCGACAAAGAGGGCCCUUUCUUCCUCGGCAAGGAGCUGUCUUUCGUCGAUGUCCAAAUGGCACCUUGGGUGAUCCGGCUCAACAAGGUUCUGAAGCCUUAUCGCGCAUGGCCCGAACCGGAAGCCGGAAGUCGGUGGGGGAAAUGGUUAGAGGCAAUUGAGAAGGACCCUCACGUGCAGGCGACGACUAGCACAGAUGACCUGUACCUGGAUAGUUACGAGCGAUACGCUGAGAACCGCCCGAAUACUUCGCAGCUUGCAAACGCCGUGAAUUCGGGGCGCGGCCUUCCGUAA